GGUUUUCGUUCGUUUUGCAUCACUAUCGUCAGGGGUUCGUGAUACGCUCGCCAGUUGAAAAUUUUUCGUCUAACAUUCGGAACAACAAAGCGACAAGUCACCAGACAGCAGCAACAUGUCGGCCUUAAAGCUGGAGACCGCCCCGUUUGAUCCACGUUUCCCGAACCAGAACGUGACUCGUUACUGCUACCAGUCGUACAUCGACUUCCAUCGUUGCCAGAAGAAGCGCGGCGAGGACUUUGCACCAUGCAACUAUUUCCAAAAGGUGUACAAGUCGAUGUGCCCCAAUGCCUGGGUGGAGAAGUGGGACGAUCAGCGUGAGAGCGGCACAUUCCCGGGCCGCAUCUAAGCCCUUCCGGUCCUGGCCCCACAAUCCCAGAAAAUAGAAGCAGAAGCAGAGUAAAAACACCAACACCAACACGACACGUAAAAACAACAACACAACCCAACCAGAGCUGAGCAGAGGGUUGUCUCCAACAUCCAAGAGCCAGGAUAUCUAGCAAUUGCAGCAGUAAUGUCACACUGUCACCAAACUGUUUCUGUUUUUAGUUGCCGACGGUGAAAAGCAUUGACAAAAUACAAAUAAACAAUUGUUCAAUUCUGUGAAUACCAA